AUGGGCGAGCAGGAAGACAUAUCGUUGCCCAAGGCAACCGUGCAAAAGAUAAUAUCAGAAGCAUUGGAAAGUGACCUUACGUUUAGUAAAGAGGCCAGAGAAAUAAUCAUCGAGUCCGGAAUCGAGUUCAUCAUGAUCCUGUCAUCGAUGGCUUCCGAGAUGGCCGAUAAAGAAGCUAAAAAGACAAUUGCACCAGACCACGUGAUCAAGGCCCUAGAAGAGCUGGAGUACCAUGAAUUCAUACCAUAUCUAGAGCAGAUAUUGGUGGAGCACCGAGAAACACAACGCAUCAAAGAACGUAGGGAUGCCAAGUUCAAAAAAUCAGGUCUCUCCGAAGAGGAGCUACUUCGACAACAAGAAGAGCUUUUCCGGCAAUCUCGCACACGUUUCCAGCAAACUUCUACCACAGGCGGGCCGGACGGGGAACUGGAGCCAGAAAACGAAUUGGGCGAAGACGCAGCAAGUGAGGUGUCUCCUCCAGGGUCUGUAAAGGCCGAAGAAUAG